AUGGAGGAGAGAGGAAAGCCUGUGACUUGGGAGGCCUUCCGGGGGAAGUUCCUCUCAGAAUAUUUCCCCGACAGUGUCAGAUACGCCAAGGAGGUGGAAUUCCUCCAGCUCACACAGGGAGAGAAGUCAGUAGCUGAUUAUACUGAGAAGUUUAUGCAUCUCAGCCGUUUCUACACCUUGCCACUCGAUGAGGAGUGGAGAUGCCGCAAGUUUGAGAAUGGACUCCGCGGCGACAUUCGCUUGAUGGCCAGAGUAAUGAAGAAUAUGAAGAAUGAGGUAGAGGGUCAGCGGCCUCAACAGCCUCAGAGGAUUGGUGGGCCAUCUGGGUCCAAGCCCAGACAUGACGAGAGGAGGAGACCGUACGACAGACCUCACCAUCAGCAUCAGGGGUCUAGGGCUCUUCCCCCUCAGCAAGGUCGAGUCCAGUGCUAUAUAUGUGAAGGUCCUCACCUGAGGAGCGCUUGCCCACGCAUGGAGGGCUACCGCAGAUGCAAAAACUGUGGUAAGGAGGGCCACUUUGGGAAGGAUUGUCCCACCCUUGCUAAGGCAGCAGCACGCCCUCCAGUUCAGGCUUCUCAUCAGCACCAACGGAGAGAUAGAGGCAACAGGCCUCAGGCGACGGGCAUAGUGUAUGCCAUGACCGGAGCAGAGGCCGCAGGCUCAGACUGUCGUGAGAAGAGGUUGUUGUUUCCUGACUCAGAGGAGUUGGAGUUGGUGUCUCCUGAGGGGGUGGCGAGAGAGAUUCAGAGUGGCGCGCAAUGCUUCAUAAUCUUCGCUCGUAUGGAGGUAGAGGAGAGAGAAGGACCAUCAGUUAUACCUGUGGUACAGGAGUUUGAGGACGUGUUCCCGGAUGAAGUGCCUGGGUUACCUCCCAGUAGAGAGGUGGAGUUCUCUAUUGACCUAGUCCUAAGAACAGGUCCAGUCUCGAUGGCUCCAUAUCGUAUGGCUCCGGCAGAAUUAGUGGAACUCAAGAAACAGAUAGAAGAGACUCAAGAGGAGCAUGCGGAACACCUGAGGUUGGUGCUUGGUGUUUUGAGAGAGAAACAAUUGUACGCCAAGUUAUCCAAGUGCGAGUUUUGGAUGGGGGAAGUUCAGUUUUUGGGACAUGUGAUAUCCGCCCAGGGGAUUGCAGUAGACCCAGCAAAGGUCGAGGCAGUGGUAAAGUGGGAGAGUCCUAGUUGGCCACAGAGAUCAGGAGCUUUGUAG